AUGGCUCCCGCGAUCGUCGUGAACAAGGCCGGCGACGCCCCCGCCCCUUCUCACCAAGAUGUCGCUGCCCUCCUCUCCAGCGUGCUCACUGCGAAGCUCUCCCACUCUUCGGUAGAAGCCGCCUACGCGCUCUGCACCCUCCUUCAAAACUCGGUCGGCUUCCGCGGCCUGAAGGACUAUGGCGUCCUCGACGAGGUCAAGAAGGCGGCCGGCGACAAGAAGAACCCUGGCAAGCGCGAGGGUGCGAUGAAUGCGCUGGGCGCUCUGUUUGAGAAGAUGCCGCCAGUACAAAGGUUGACCGAGAUCGUGUUCCUCGUUGAAGAGGAGAGCACGGCCGUAUUGGCGCUGGAUGCUUUAUCCGACAAGACGGGCACAGUGCGAGAGAGCGCGCAGUAUGCGCUAGACUCGCUCUUUAACAACCUGAGUGCCGAGGCCAAGGUAUUCGGCCUGCUACCGGUGCUGAUCAAGUACCUGGGCAAGAAGUCGGGGAAAUGGCAGGGCGCUGUGGGCGCCUUGGAGCUUAUCGGAAGAAUGGCCGACAAGGCAAAGAUGGGCAUGGAGAGCUUCGAGGUAGAGAAGGAAAAAGAUAUCCUGAGAGAAGCCAUGGGCAAGAAGUUGGAAAAGCUGAUCCCUGUGGUUGAGGGCGGUAUGCAUGACUUGAAAUCAGAGGUUGCCAAACAAGCCCUGAAGACGAUGAACAGUCUCACCACGCUCCUACAGAACGAUGAUAUCGCUCCGCGGAUACCGCUCCUUAUCAAGUCGAUUGAAGACCCCUCGACACAAAGUUUACAGAAAGCGAUCCACGCUCUCUCGCAGACCACCUUUGUUGCCAUUGUUACGUCGCCUGUCCUUGCCAUGGUUACUCCGCUGCUUGAACGAUCGCUGAACAACCCCUCCACGUCACAGGAGGUCCUCCGUCAGACGGUCGUUGUUGUGGGCAACCUGACGAAGCUCGUGCACGAUCCCAUCGAGGCUCGCACUUUCCUGCCCAAGCUUCAACCGGGUGUCAAGAACGUCAAAGACCGCGCUUCUUUGCCUGAGGUGCGAGAGAUCGCGUCCAACGCGCUAGCCGUCAUGGACAAGGCCAUGGCCGACCAAGAUGGCAACAUUGCCAGUGGUGCUAUCGAUCGCACACAUCCCGAAGACAUCCAAAGGGUCAUUGAUCAGCAGGUUAAGGCUGUUGGGCAGAUUUCCAUGUUCCCUGGCGAUUCCGUAACCUGGGGUUUCGCAAAGCAGUACAUCUCUGACAUGGUUGCCGAGGUAGUUAACGAGCGCCAGCUAGACCGGGUUUCUCAGCUGAUCGCGCCUUACCUUGGGCCCUUGAUGGACCCUGGAGAUGCAGAGAAGGUUGCCGAAGCAGUGCAGCAAUUCUAUGUUGAGGAGGAUCAUCGCAAAUUUGGGCAACCAAUCAAGGAAGAUGAUGGAGAAGUCGAAGUUGUCAACGCGGUCUUCUCGUUAGGCUACGGAGGCAUGCUCCUUCUGUCACACACCAACUUACGGCUACUCAAAGGUCACAGGUACGGUCUGUGUGGCCGUAACGGUGCGGGUAAAUCCACUCUUAUGCGCAGCAUUGCCAACGGCAAGCUUGAGGGCUUCCCGCCCCAAGAUGAAGUCAAGACUUGCUUCGUCGAGCACAACCAGGGCGAGGAUGCCGACCUUAGCAUUCUUGAGUACAUUGUUCGGGAUCCUCGUUUCGCAGAUGAAAGCAAGGAGCGCAUAUCCGAAGUUUUGGAGGAAGUUGGCUUCACAUCCGGUCCUGAAGGAAGACAGUCACACAAGGUCGGCUCGUUAUCUGGUGGAUGGAAGAUGAAGCUCGCUCUGGCUCGCGCCAUGUUGAUGCGUGCUGACGUUCUCCUGUUGGACGAACCGACUAACCAUUUGGAUGUUGCCAACAUCGCCUGGUUGCAGGAAUACCUCAAAAAGCAUACCGAAAUCACGAGCUUGAUCGUCUCCCACGACUCCGGAUUUCUGGAUGAGGUUUGCACAGAUAUCUAUCACUACGAACAGAAGAAGUUGGUGCACUACCGCGGUAACCUCGCUGCCUUCGUCAAGGUCAAACCUGAGGGCAAGAGCUACUACACCCUUUCCGCAUCCCAAGUACAGUUCAAGUUCCCUCCUCCCGGCAUCCUUAGCGGCGUCAAGUCCAACACUCGAUCGAUUCUGCGCAUGACGAACUGCAGCUACACGUACCCAGGGUCUUCCAAGCCGUCUUUGCACGAUGUCUCCUGCAAUUUGUCGCUUUCUUCCCGUGUUGCCAUCAUCGGUGCCAACGGUGCCGGUAAGUCGACACUCAUCAAACUUCUCACUGGUGAGACGAUUCCGCAGGAAGGCAAGGUCGAGAAGCACCCGAACCUGCGUAUCGGCUACAUCAAGCAGCACGCUUUGGAGCACGUCGAGAUGCACAUGGAGAAGACACCCAACCAGUAUCUGCAGUGGCGUUACGCUAACGGUGACGAUCGUGAGGUGCUUAUGAAGCAGACUCGCGUGCUCACUGCCGAGGAUAAGGUUCAAAUGGAAAAGCCAGUCGAUAUUGGUGACGGCAAGGGACCGCGCAAGAUCGAAGCCCUUAUCGGUCGUCAGAAGUACAAAAAGAGUUUCCAGUAUGAGGUCAAGUGGCUCAACAUGUUACCCAAGUUCAACACCAUGAUCUCCCGAGAGACUCUCUCCGGCUUGGGUUUCCAGAAGUUGAUUCAGGAGUUCGAUGACCACGAGUCCUCUCGUGAAGGUCUCGGUUACCGUGUGCUAGAGCCCAAGGUCAUCUCAAAGCAUUUCGAGGAUUUGGGCCUGGACCCUGAGAUCGCUAAUCACAAUGAGAUCUCUGGUCUUUCUGGGGGACAGAAAGUAAAGGUCGUACUAGCGGGUGCCAUGUGGAACAACCCCCACCUACUCGUCCUCGAUGAACCUACUAACUUCUUGGACCGUGACUCCCUCGGCGGUCUUGCUGUCGCCAUCCGCGACUACAAGGGCGGUGUCAUUAUGAUUUCCCACAACGAAGAGUUCGUCGGCGCGCUCUGCCCCGAGCAAUGGCAUGUUGCCGACGGCCGCGUCGCACACAAGGGCCACCUCGCUGUCUCGAUGGACCGCUUCGAAGACUCGCGCCCAGGUUCCAGCAACGUCUCUUCCGCCGUCAGCUCCGCGGUCCCCAGCACAGUCCCGAGUGCCGCGGGCACGCCCGUUAUGAGCGACGCGGAAGGCGCACAAGACGAUAUGAAGUUCCGCGCGCGCAAGAAGAAGAAGAUGACAAAGAAGGAGAAGAAGGAGCAAGAAGUCCGCAGGCGUUUGCGGCACAUCGAGUGGCUUAACAGCCCCAAGGGGACACCGCACACACCCAACACGGAUGACGAGGCCGAUGAGUAA